AUGGCUGCUGCGACCGCGACCGCUUCAUCACGGCCUGCUUACCCCGCCUCGCCCGCCUACACUAAUGACCUCGAGUUCGUGACAGCCUACCUCACUGUCCAUGUCCUGAGCGAUGCUAGUCGCAUAUACUCCUACAUCUUCUGGGUCGCCCUCGUCGCCGUCCUACUCGGCUUCUCCAUUCUGCACCACCUCCACCUUCGAGGCACCUACUUUGGCGCUCUCUGGAGCAAGUGGGCUAUUCGUCGCCGGACAUGGAGGAAGAAACAUAGCUUAGCCGUUGCGAGAGCGAAUGGUCAACCGCACAGGCAGCCCUUCUCUCUCCCGGCGAACGCACAAAUCUUCACGCUCGGCGUCAUAGUCGUUGCGACGUUGCUUGUCACUUUCCUUGGCCCCGACUACCUCGCGCCGGGUUCUACGCUAUGGACGCUGCAGGACUACCCCUCCGCUACCACCUCGCUCGCUAAGCGGUAUGAAAUGUCCGACUACUACAAGUACAUGCCACAGUACACCAUUCCGAAGGCCUGGUGGACCACCGGGAAUCGCACCGGACUCAUCGCAUUCACUCUCUUCCCCCUGUGCAUCCUCUUCGCCCUCAAGUCGCCUCCAUUCGCCAUCUUCUCCCUCCCUUUCCUCGUCCAGCUCUACUGCGACAAGCUGCUCUGGCUUCACAAAUGGACGGCGCGUCUCAUCUUCCUGUUGACUCUUCUCCAUGUCGCCUUCUGGAGUGUGCAGCUGUGCAUAGAGCGUCGGGCAAGCACGGGCAAGAUGGCAUACACGUACGCCUGGGGCUACGAGAAGUUCCUGUUUGCCUGGACAGCGUUUGGCUGCAUGUGCCUGCUCUUUGCGCUGUCUAUAUCUCCUCUCAGGCGGGCCCACUAUGAGGCCUUCUACUUCCUCCAUGUCCUGCUCGUUCCCCUUACGCUCAUCAUGUCGGCGCUCCACCAUCCGCCGGUCUGGUGGUGGUGCUGGGCAGCCUUGGGACUCUGGUUUGGCGAGCGUACCUGGCGCUUCACUUGGUGGUUGUACACGAACGGGUACCUGGGCAGCGCCGCGCCUUCCCCGUCCAACAAGCUGCGCAAGACGUCUUCACGCGUCCGAGGUAACGAUCAGAAGGUCGAGGCACCGUACCCUCCCAAGCUUGGCAAGACUUCGCUGCCCAGAAAUCCGGCGUCCGGGUCGACCGUGGGGCUCACGCAUUAUCCCCCGUCCUCGUCGCUGGAACUCACUCCUGGAAUGGGUCUAUCGCUGCCGACAGACUACAUCCCCCCUCCUGGCUUCGCGCACGCCGAGCUCCUCCCUGGGCACACCGUGCGUCUGCGCAUCGUCACCCCCGGCUACCUAUCUUGGACUCCCGGACAACACUUCCUGAUAUCCGCCCCCUCCAUCUCUCGAUUCACCACCCAUCCGUUCACGGCGGCGUCAAUCUGUGAUGAGCAGAACGCGCAGGCCGACGGCAGGGUGCUCGUCUUCCUUAUCCGUGCGAAAAACGGAUGGACGAAGGAUCUCUGGGACACGGUUGCAAUCAUGACCGGACGCAAUCAGCAGUUCCGGAGGGACGAGGGCCUUCCACGCUGCGAGAUGCCCAGGCGCGGCGUGCUGCUGCGCGCCUGUGUGGACGGGCCGUAUGGGUCGUCUGCGCGGGCUCACUGGAACGAGUAUUCCAGCGUUCUUAUCGUCGCGGGAGGGUCGGGCGUGAGUUAUGCGCUCUCGGUUCUGCAGUACAUCUGUCUGUGCUUGGCCGGAAGGGACGGGCGGUUCCUUGGAGGCAAGAAGGGCGGGUUUGGGCAACCCGGAUUCAAGACUACUCGGGUGCGGUUUGUAUGGCUAGUUCGAGAAUUCGGACACGUUCAGUGGUGCGCGUCCGUGCUGCGACGAUGCAUGGAUAUCGUGCCGACGUCCGAGCUCCAAAUCGACAUUUUCGUGACGAACGUGAAGCCCGUCCCCCCACCCAAGCGAGCUCCAGCGCCCACCCGAAUAUCCUUCGUUCCGCCGCCGAAACCGACGGAGAAGAACGUGGAGCUGGAGCCUCCCCACCCCGUCUUCGUCCAGGAAGCAAGCCCCCGUUCGUCCAUCUCAUCGGAAGACAGCGGAGAAGACACCGACGUCGACCUGAGCUACUACACUGGCGGUUACGAGGAGGAAGGCGAGCUCGGCCACGAAGAGCACAUCCUUGACUUGACGAACUUCGAGGGCGACAAUGACACUGCGCUACCUGGGGAGGCCCAGUUCAACCUCUCGGUCAAGCAGGAGGGGAGGGCGCGUCGGCGGAAUACACGCAGGAUGACGAUGGCGGUCAUGGCGAAGCACGAGCUGAUCUACAAGGCCACAGAGCUCCAGUUCGACAGCCCCGGACAGUCCUCCUCACAGCUCGUGCGCGCGUCCCUACCCCCUAUCAACACAGACGCGAGCAGUAACUCACGGCGGCCGAACCUCGACAUCAACGUUACCGACGCCCCUCCCAGCCCUCGCGGGCCCCUCACACCGAUAACAGCGACACCUCUGACAGCCACACCAAAUAGCGCGCAUCCACUCAUCGACCCGUUCCGCGACACGGGACUGUCCUCGCCACGACACUCGCGCAACCUCUCCGCUCUCGGCUACGGCGCCGGCGCGAGCACCCCGGCGUCGCGGCGGGUGUCGCAGGCGCUCUCAGAGCAGUCUGUCGACACGCCGAUCACACCCGCGUCGCGCUUCGGGUCGCGGUCACGACUCAGCGUUUGGACGGACACGGACAGCUUCGCGGCGCUCGUGCCCAGUGGCGACGUAGAGGCCGUGCGCGAGCAGCUGCGUCUGGACCUCGAUGACACGGAGGUCGACGACGUCGGUAUCGUCGCCGAGCGCGCGCGCCCGGGCAAGCCGAAGCUCGACCGCAUCCUGGCAGACGAGGUCGAGCGCGCAAAGGGCGCGGUAGCCGUCGCGUGUUGCGGCCCCACGUCGCUGGACGCGAUGAUUCGCAAGGUUAUUGCGGCGCAGAUCAACCCGGGGCGCAUUAGGCGCGGCGAUAUGCGCGGCUCGAUCACGCUCUUCUCGGAGGAGUUCUCGUACUGA